CAGCAGCGCCAUUCUAAAACUGCAGCAGAAUCCAAAAUGGCAGGAGCUGAUGGAGACGACUCUCUAUAUCCUAUCGCCGUUCUUAUUGAUGAACUGCGAAAUGAAGACGUUCAGUUACGUCUUAACAGCAUCAAGAAGCUGUCCACAAUCGCUUUAGCUCUUGGUGUAGAGAGGACUCGAACCGAACUUCUUCCUUUCCUCACAGACACCAUCUAUGAUGAGGAUGAGGUGCUCCUGGCAUUGGCAGAGCAGCUUGGUAAUUUCACCAUGUUGGUGGGAGGCCCAGAGUACGUCCACUGUCUCUUGCCUCCUCUGGAGAGUCUUGCUACAGUGGAAGAGACGGUGGUCAGAGACAAAGCUGUGGAAUCCCUACGAAAGAUUUCUCAGGAGCACUCUCCAGUUGACCUGGAAGUUCAUUUUGAGCCUUUAGUCAAACGACUGGCCAGCGGUGACUGGUUCACCUCUCGCACAUCAGCCUGUGGCCUCUUUAGUGUGUGUUAUCCUCGUGUCUCCAGCACUGUUAAGGCUGAAAUUCGCCAGCAUUUUCGCACCUUGUGCUCUGACGAUACUCCUAUGGUGCGUCGUGCUGCAGCGUCCAAACUGGGAGAGUUUGCCAAAGUCUUGGAGUUGGAUUAUGUAAAAACAGACAUAAUUCCUCUCUUCACUGCUUUGGCCUCAGAUGAGCAGGACUCAGUGCGGCUGCUUGCGGUGGAGGCCUGUGUCAGUAUUGCAACUCUCUUGCCUCAAGAAGAUCUGGAGACGCUUGUAAUGCCAACUUUGCGCCAGGCUGCAGAAGAUAAAUCCUGGAGGGUCCGUUACAUGGUGGCUGACAAAUUUUCCGAGCUCCAGAAAGCAGUCGGGCCAGAGAUUACUAAGAACGACCUGGUCCCAGCUUUCCAAAACCUUCUGAAAGACUGUGAAGCCGAGGUCCGGGCUGCUGCUGCUAACAAAGUCAAAGAAUUCUGUGAGAACCUCCCAGAGGACAAUCGUGAACAAAUCAUCAUGACUCACAUUCUGCCCUGUGUCAAGGAACUCGUUUCAGACACCAACCAGCAUGUGAAGUCUGCUCUGGCCUCCGUCAUUAUGGGCCUGUCCACCAUCCUAGGAAAGGAUAACACAAUAGAGCACUUACUGCCUCUCUUCCUGACUCAGCUUAAGGACGAGUGCCCUGAGGUGCGUCUCAACAUCAUCUCCAACCUGGACUGCGUGAACGAGGUGAUUGGCAUCCGUCAGCUCUCCCAGUCACUGCUGCCAGCUAUUGUCGAGCUGGCUGAAGAUGCAAAGUGGAGGGUCCGCCUGGCCAUCAUAGAGUACAUGCCUUUGUUGGCAGGACAGCUGGGAGUGGAAUUCUUUGAUGAGAAGCUCAACACCCUUUGUAUGGCCUGGCUUAUUGAUCAUGUGUAUGCCAUCCGUGAAGCAGCCACCUCUAACUUAACAAAGCUCGUAGAGAAGUUCGGAGCGGAGUGGGCGCAGAACACCAUUGUGCCCAAAGUGCUGGGAAUGGCUAACGACCCCAAUUACCUCCACAGGAUGACCACUCUGUUCUGUAUCAACGCUUUGUCUGAGGCUUGUGGUCAGGAUAUCACCACCAAACAGAUGCUUCCAGUGGUCCUAAAGAUGUCCAACGAUCAGGUGGCCAAUGUGCGGUUCAAUGUGGCCAAGUCUCUUCAAAAAAUCGGACCGGUCCUGGACAGCAACGCCCUUCAAACAGAAGUGAAGCCAGUGCUGGAGAAGCUUGCCUCCGACUCGGACAUGGAUGUCAAGUACUUUGCCCAGGAGGCCAUAAGUGUUCUGGCCUUGGCAUAAUCAACCCAACAUGUCUAAACCAGAGAACCCCCCAGAAACAACAGUUCUCCAAUAUAUUUAUUGAUGUUCAGGAACACCUGGUUAUUGUAUAGAAAAUGCCCCGCCCCCCUCCCCCACACAACUUCUUUUUUUUUUUUUUUACUUCCAUGUCUAGUCAUUCAGCACAGGCUUCUUUGUCCACUCUCUUUGCUGUAAAUUGGAGCUUUUAUUCGAGCAAAGUAUGAUUUAAAAUCAAGUGGUGCAUGUUGAUUAGUGUGCUGCUGUACUCGCUAGACAUCUCUAACCAGAACCCUUUUCACAUUCCUCCCCUCCUUUACCUCUCCCUCUAACCCACUGUUGUUCCUAAGCUUUGCUGCAAACUGUGUGUGUUUGAGCAGGACCCUGUUCUGCUGGACUUCCCUCUGUUGGAUGGAAACGUUUGGCUGCAGCUGGUGCAACAAGCUAAAAGCAAACACUUUGAUAAGCUUCCUCCUAAUUCAGCCCUUCGACUGAACUCUGUCCCCAGAGGUACAGAUGUUGCUCUUCACAGAAGUGAUUGAAACAUCUGUGUAGGUCGAUUAGUUUUUGUUUGUUUUUUUUUUCCCACCAGACCAAACCCGUUGUUUCCUAAAUGCUUUAUAGGAUCGAAUUGUACAAAUCCCUGAGAAAGAACGGUGUACUCCUCGGCCUCACGCAGUGUACUUUCCCAUGUCCAUCCACCAGACCGUCAUGUCCUCCUGCACUGCUUGUUCCCUGCAGUGGCACACAUUGGUGAAACAGAAGAUGUGUAAUGGGGACCAGCCCAGUUUAGCAAUUACUCAUAAUUACCUCUCAUCUAAAUCCUGAUGGUUUUGUUGAUGAACCAGAGUGGAAAGCAGUAGUCGGUUAUGAUUUUCAGCUUAAUGUUGGCGUCGCUCUUAAUCAUUGUGCUAACGAUUUUGAGAAGUACUUUUUUGUUGUUGUUUUUGUUUUUUUAAGUCUGCCUCGAUUGUUUUGGUCCUGCCUUGUUGUGUAAAGUGACAGCAUUCUGUUUAACGCUGCGUAAAACUAAACUAAGAACAGCUACUAGAAUAAAACCAUAAAACUGUUCCACUCCAUUUUUGUUCUCAAUUCUUGCCGAGUUCUGGGAUGAGGAAGUGUCGAAGCACGAGGCUCCUCCUCGACAAACCUUUGAGCAGGUGGAGAUGCGUGCCGUCAAAGAACGAUUGGGAGCUGGAAUGUACAUAAAACUUGAUUGUGUUUUAUUUUGGGGGUGGGAGCUGAGAGCGCUUAUAGGACGGGCUGUGUUGAUAGAAAUGUUUCUUUCCCCGAACAACUCCUACUCCUCUUCCCUCCUCCUGUUCUCUCAAGUAAACCUUGAUGGUUGAUUGUUCUGUAUCACAAACUGCUUUGAUUUGUAUUUUGAGUUCUGUUUCCAGUUGCUCUGCUGUACCUCGAUCCAAAUAAAGUAACACAAACGA